CUUUUAAUCAACUCCAUUUAAUCUAGAAAAUAUGUCGGAUCCGAGGUAUGCGGACGGAGAUGUUGUUUGGUGUAAGUGUGGUGGAUUGUAUUGGCCGGGAGAAGUUAAAGGAUUGGAUUCUCUCCCUUCAGAGAUAAGAGAUGGUUUCCUGAGAAUGCCCUUGGUUGUUGUUAAAUUCUUUGACGAGGAUGGAUAAGCUCGGUUUCGAACCAAGGCUAAGGAGGGAGCUACGGAUGGAUGGUUUGCUAAAUUUCCCAAGGAUAUUAUUCACUGUGAGAAUCUGACCGGUGGAAACCCAGAUAUACUGACCCAAGAACCAUUCGCAGACAAGAAGGAUGUUAAAGUUGAUUACGGAAGAAUAUUUGGAGAUCAAGUAUCAGAGAAAGAGAAAAAAUGUAAACCGGGCACCAAAUCAACCCCCAGCACACCCAGUGAAAAGAAAAAUAAACCUAUUGACACGAAAAAGACACCAAGUUCAAUAUUAAAAGUUAAGAUCAAAAAGAAAACUGAAAAACCAAAGACUCCGCCGAAAAUAACUCAUCCCAGGUUUCUACAAGGCUCGGAUCACAAAGUGCGGAUUCUAGCUCAGCCUUCCACCCCCUACCAUAUAGAUACCGAGAGUAAGGUUGAACCCAAGAAUAUAAUUCCUAACUACAGAUGCCAGAUGUGUGACUUCGCUGCCUCAAGGUUGAAUGUUAUUGUACUACAUAGUAAAUCCCACAGUGCCUCUAAGGUUUCGUAUGCUCCGAAACCUGAAGAUUUACCAACCAAGAUUGAACGGUCGAAGCCGAGCAGUUCUAGUUCUGAUUCCCCAGCGCGGAAGAGCAAAGAGAAGUUUGUGAGUAAACCUUUAAAGAAACAGGAUUCAUGUUCUCCGAGUAAACCUGGGAAUAGUUCAACACUCGUAACUAAGAAACCUAGAUUGACAAAAAAGCAAAAGGAAGAAAAAUUAGAGAAGGAGAAGAAGAAGGAAGAAGAGAAGAAGAAGCUUCUCAUAGAUUGGAGUGAAGAUGAAAAUGAAGAAGCAGAAGAAUUCAAGAAAAUUCAGGAUUCAAUAAACCAGAGUAUUCUCAAUGAUUUCUCUGAUGAUGAUGAUCAUCAUCAUUAUUCAAUGGAUUCCGAUGAUGAUGCUCUUCUUCUCAAUAGUUCUGCAACCUCAAACGGAUACAAGUCUCAUGUUAAACAGGACGACCCUACAAUAUCAGAAUCAGAAAACAAGAUUAAACCUCAAAACUCCCAAACUGUGCCUUCGAACUUAUCAUUAUCGCCAACUUCAAAGCCUGCUCAACUUGUGAUAUUACCAUCUCCCAGUCCUUCUCCGCAAUCUAAACCCGAACCAAAACCUUCUCUUCAGUCUAAAUCUGAACCAAAACCUUCUCCCAAGUCUAAAUCUGAACCUAAACCUUCUCCUCAGUCUAAAUCUGAACCUAAAUCUUCUCCCAAGUCUAAACCUGAACUUAAACCUUCACCAGAGGUAGAAGAUGAACUAGAGUUUAAGGUUGAUGAUAUUGUUGUAAGCCAAGAGAAGAGAAUAGCUUCCUACCAUCCUGAAUCUAGUCCUAGAAAGAUUAACAAGGAUAUGNGGCACUAG